AACGGCGGCGGCGGCGGCACGGUCUGCGGAGGUGGUGAGCGCAGGCGUGGGCCGCGGCGGCGGCGGCUAAGGCGGCGCGAGUGCGACCGCCGUUGGGCCGCCGCGGCCUUCUAGCUCUCCACGCCGGGCUUGGAGACGCCGCGCUCGCGAGGCCAGGGGUCCGGGCCCUUUGCACCAGACCUUCAGGCACUUUGUGUCUAAUCUUUACCACUUGCCACAUGAGCCCAAAUCAUGACGGACGCCAAGUAUGUCCUCUGCAGAUGGAAAGAGCGAUUAUGGCCUGCAAAGGUUUUGGCCAGAACUGAGAUGUCAACAACCAAGAAAAAAAAGGGAUUUUUUCUAAAUGUUCAAAUACUCUCCUUAGACAAAAAGGUGAGAGUGAAAAGCACAGAAGCCAAGAUUCUGAGGAAGUCCCACAUCGAGGACAUCGCUGCCUUAUUGGCCUCACAGAACAAGGUUUCAGCCAAACCUGUGGAGGAGUUGACCUACAGACGGUCGCUUAGAGUGGCUCUGGAUAUUUUGAAUGAGAAAACACAUUCUCAUCAAGAAAACUCUUCAAGGGAAGAAAGAACUGCUGUGUCUGCAGGAGAGAAGCACAUGGAACUAGCAUCCUCGCUCUGUGAUCACAACGCUUCAUCUCUUCUCCAUGAGGGGGUGUUGGGCAGUUCCGGACCUGAGAGGAGGGAACGCGUACCUCAGAAGCUGUCAGGCUCGUCCACUAGUGAAAAUGAGAUCAAGUGCCAAAUGGACCACAAGAAGGGGAUUGGGGAAAGUGAAAGCCCACUUACCCUGGUGGUCUCAGCUGGAGGUGGCUCUCGGGACCAGAGUAAAUCAAGAAUACACCUCAAAAAUGGGACAACCCUGAGUGAGAGUGAGGGAGAGACGGACAGCCCUGCAGUCCUGAACUCACCUUCUGCAUCUACGGAGCAGGGUCUGUGUACCAAAGGUCGCCACUCUGUUUUGCCAUCAGGCAGCCCCACUGUGCACCUAGCCUACCCGGAUGUUCAAGGCCCACCUGACCAUCAGUCUUCUGAAGAGUCAAUGGAGUUUGAGCCUGUUAAUUCCAUCCUGGAGGAGGAGGAGGAGGAGGAGCCCCCAAGAAUCCUUUUAUAUCAUGAGCCAAGUUCAUUUGAAGUAGGAAUGCUGGUCUGGCUUAAAUACCAAAAGUACCCCUUCUGGCCCGCAGUGGUCAAGAAUGUCAAGCGGAGAGAAAAGAAAGCGAGUGUGCUUUUCAUUGAAGGACACAUGGACCCGAAAGGGCGAGGCAUCACAGUGCCUCUCAAGAGGCUGAAGCACUUCGACUGUAAAGAGAAGCAGGCGCUUCUGAAUGAGGCUAAGGAGGACUUCGACCAGGCUAUUGGCUGGUGUGUCUCCCUGAUCACUGACUACAGGGUCCGACUCGGCUGUGGUUCCUUCUCUGGCUCUUUCCUGGAAUAUUAUGCAGCAAAUAUAAGCUAUCCUGUCCGCAAGUCCAUCCAGCAGGAUGUCUUGGGGACCCGGUUCCCUCGGCUCUGCCAUGAGGAUCCUGAGAUGCCUAUGGUCGGGAGUCCCUGGGGCAGGAGGCAGCCCUGCAGAAAAGUCUUGCCUGAUCGAUCACGAGCUGCCCGGGACCGGGCCAACCAGAAGCUGGUGGAGUACAUCGUGAAGGCGAGGGGCGCUGAGAACCACCUGCGGGCCAUCUUGAAGAACAAGAAGCCAUCCAGGUGGCUGAAGACGUUUCUGAACUCAGGACAGUAUGUGACAUGUGUAGAGACAUACCUGGAAGAUGAGGAACAGCUGGACAUGGUGGUGAAGUACUUGCAAGGGGUCUACCAGGAAACAGGCAGCAGGAUGCUGACGCAGAUCAACGGUGACAGAAUCCGCUUCAUACUGGACGUCCUUCUGCCUGAAGCCAUCAUCUGCGCGAUUUCUGCGGUGGAUGCGGUAGAUUACAAGACGGCUGAAGAGAAGUAUAUCAAAGGACCUUUGCUGAGCUACCGGGAAAAAGAAAUAUUUGACAACCAGCUCCUAGAAGAAAGGAACCAGCGAUGCUGAUGUGGGAAGGCGCCAUCGUGUGUAGUGAGAGUUGCCAGAGGUCCCUGGGCUGUUGCACACGCUUUCUGAAGACGGAACUGGAGAGAUGUGUACAUCAGAUCUGUCUAUGGGUUUUAUUUUCCUGGCUUUUCAGGGAACAGUUCCUGAAAGUUUUUUGAAAGGACAAAACUGACUCAUUUUGCUUUAUUUCAUUACUUGCGACUGUACAGAAUAGUUUAAUAUAAGGUACACAUUUGUCUUUUUAUGUUAAAAAGCAUUGUAUCCAAUAUUAAACAGGAGUUGUUGUUUUUUAAA